CUACCCUGCUAAGGGAUCGAGACCGUUAUCACUGCGCAAGCCAUCAUUUACCAGCAGCAGCAGCGGUAGCAUCAACGCUUGUCCACCCCCACCACCUACACCGCACAGCGCCGGCAGUCAUUGCACCAGCAACACAAACACAAACAAUUACAACAGCAACAACAACAACACAAACUGCACAAGCACAACAGCAAAUAGCCAAGUAACUGGUACAACAGCAAUAACAUACAACAAUCGUUAUAAUUUAAAUUCAUCAACAACAACAACAUCAACAAGGCAUUCGAUCAGCGGUCGAAGUAACAGUUCACCGUGCAAUCCAUUGCAGGUGAAAUAUUUCGAAUUCCCACCAAAUCUUACACUACUAGCAACCGGAUCGACACCAUCACUGGCGACAACAACAGCUGUAGCGUUAGCCGCAUCCACCACAAGCACCCCCGCACUCACAUCCGCCACCAAUUCACCCAAAAAUUUCUAUCAACCCCAACAUCACUCACACUAUUACCAACCACAUUUGCAUCAGCAUUACCAACAUCAUCAACAACAACAACAACACGCCACAUCCACCUCCAAAGGCAGUCCACAUCAGCAACUAAACCAACCGACGCGCCAACAUCACCACCACCACCACCACCAACACUUUUCAGCGACCAAGCAAACACGUACAGAAUUUGAGUCGGAAUUCAGCAGCGAAGCGGAGGAGCAACAACUAAGUCCGCCGUUAACUGUAAACGAAGGGUCAACCGUGCAGGUCGUUUUAGCAACGCCGCCAGUAAAUAAAAUGGGACGACGCGAGAUUAAGCGAUCCAACACAAGCGGUUCCACUAUAAAAUCAUAUGAUGGUGGUAGCGCUACCACCAAUUUUGUGGGGAAAUUUACCCAAAGCGUACGUCGGAUCGUACAAGAUGUCAAGGAUGAAGGAGCGCCAAGUGGCAUGACACGAGACGAGGUAAUCGAUACCAAUGAACGUUUAAGAGCGUUACGUUUACGGCUGGAAGAGUCAUAUGAAACUGCUAAAAAAUCGUUAAUAACACUAAUGAAUAAAUAUGGCGACUCGAAGAGCCAACGUAAUGUGUUUCAGCGUUAUCCGAUGCUAAAAAUGAUGAUCAAAGACGUCAUACGCUUGGAAACGCAAUAUUGGACCUUGAUUGACAUACCCCGACAGGAGAAGCAAGAAACUGUGCCCUCAUACGUGCUGCGUGCCUGUGCGAUUAUGGAGAAAACACAAAAAUCAGGUGAAGGUGUGAAGACUUCGGCCAAAUUGGCAGAGGAGGCAGCGGAGAAGCGCGAGCGCAUGGAGCGCUUAGAGUUCAUGACCACUGCACAAAUCGAACUCGAGAAUACACAACUUAUAAAUGAUUUAUAUCGACUGCUGAAAAAAUACUUGGGCUUGCGGCAUUUAAUUCGAGUACUCAAGGAGGAUUAUGGCAGCUCUAAAAUGUAUCCGAUUUUCCCGCGCUACACCAUGCUCAAGGACAUGAUAAAGGGCAUAAUGCACGAUCCGGACUACAUGGAAGUUUGCCAUGAAAUUAAUAACUGAAAUUAGACACCAACCGAGUAAAAAGCUCAGAGUGAAGAAAUAAA